AUGAGGUCAGAGGAAGUGACGCUGCAAACUCGGUCUUUGCUUGUAACUCUGGCAGCUGUUCACACAGCCUGCAAGCAGAUGGAACGAGCCGCAGCAAUCUACGGCAUCUUGACGGAUGGAUCAACAUGGAUCUUCAUGCAUAUCACUGAAAGCAGCCACUACUCCGAAAGAGUUUUUCACUGGAACGAAGACCGGGAUCAGAUCAUUUUUCAAGUCCAAGAAAUAAUCAACAAAGCGGCCGAUCUCUCCAGGUCGAUAGUAAUGCCUCGCCCUACUCGUUUCAUAAAGGAGGAGGGAUCUGUCAGCUCGACAACUGGUUGUUAUAUCGGAGAAAUCUAUAACCCCGAUGAGGCAUACUUUGAGGAAGACUAUGAGGCGGAAGAUGAAGUUCCAAAGGAAUUAUAUACCUGGUAA